AUGGCCCGCGGCUUCUUGUGCUUUGGCUCCGGCCCCUGGGAUCCCACGCACCGCUUCCACACCUCGUGGCUGCUUGGGCCCUGGGCCCUCUUCUUCUGCCGCGCCCUCAUCUCCCUCUGGGCCUUCACAACCAUCUUCUUCAUCAUCGGCUGGACCUGCGCCCACCCAGCCUCCCUCGGCGGCUGCCCCGAAGCCCGCCGCUCCUUUUCCUACUUCACCAUCCUCGCCUACUGGGGCCAGGCCUUUUACUUCUUCUUCGCCGCCGUCCACACCCUCGUUUACGCCCUCACAUCGCGGCCCCUGCUCGCCCGCCUGCCCCGUCCCCUGCAGGCCCUGCACUCGCUCUUCUACUCGUCCGUCGUCACCCUACCCGUCAUCGUCACCGUCGUCUACUGGGCCGUCCUCUACCGCAGCCCCUGGUUCCCCCUCGUCUUCGACGCCUGGCGCAACCUCAGCGAGCACGCCCUCAACUCGGGCCUCGCCCUCUUCGAGAUCCUCGUCCCCCGCACCAACCCCUUGCCCUGGAUCCAUCUACCCUGGCUCGUCCUCUGCCUGCUUGGCUACCUGGCUGUUGCCUACAUCACCGUCGCCGACCAGGGCUUCUACACCUACAACUUCCUCGACCACGACAAGGUUGGCGGCCGCGGAUAUGUUGCUGCCUACGUCUUUGGCAUUGCCAUUGGCCUCGUCGUCGUCUUCUCCGCCGUCCACGGGCUCAUCCUGCUGCGCCGUUGGCUGACCGAGUCCAAGCUCGGCAUGAAGGGCAAGUUUGCGGGGUUGCCCACGAUGACGACAACUGACGCCGAGAUGAAUGUUGUCGAGCCCGGGGAGUCUCGGUCCAAAGAGGCAAAACCGUUGACAUCGCCAGCGCAAAUGUAA